CGGAACGGAGUAGGGGGGGGGAUACAAGUUUUAUUUUUUUUUAUUUUUAAACACUUGACCCGUCGUUUUUUUUAUUUUACUUUUUAACUUAUCUUGGGUUUGUUUACCUCAUCUUUUUUUAUCAUCGCUAUCCAAGACGGGAUACGUGUUUGUGUGUUUUUAAAUUAUUGUUCUUUCCAACUCUGCCGCCGAAGCGCUGAAAAACCUCGUUUGUUUUGGAUUAGCCUGUUAGCUUUAGCCGCUCUCAUCAGCAGCUAAUUCGAAGGAAAAGCGACGGGCGGCGCGCGCGGCUGCCUCGAGACUCUCCGCUCGCUUCACAGAAACGUGCGGGUUUAACGAGGACGUAAUUCCACAUUUUGCGUGCUUCAGAGAAGGAGAUAGCGUUUGGUUUCCUCCUCCCGUUCGCCUGGUGGGGACUUGAUUCCUUGCUUGUAUUUUUUUUUUAAUUAUUAUUAUUCUUUCACGGCGUGGUGGUGGUCAAGCAGCGGGGGUGAGGGAGUUCAGAGGAAGGUCGGAGUGUAUCUUUUUUUGAGGGGGGGCUGGGAGAGAAAGCUGCACGUUUUUCCUGCCUCGGAGUUUCCUGGGAUGUACUCCUCUCAUCCGUCUUAAAAAAGGAAGGUUGAGCUCGUGAGAAGAGCUGUUUUAUUGCAGAACUCGGGAGAAGAAAAACAGCUCGUCUUUUGGCGACAACUUUCUGCAGGAGUAGCAGAAGAAAACWGUUUUUAAAACCUGCGCAAACGCAAUUACAACGUGGAUUGCACAACAGUGGACCUUAGCAGAGGACCCCCCACGYUAUCUUUUUGAAUGUGGGAUAGCUUAUUUGUCUCCUGAAUAAAGCGGAGCCCCAAAAUCACUCAGAUGAACGUGGAGUGUUGCCUUCACUUGCCGUGGGAAAUGACGGGUUUUACACGCACUUGUGCCAUCAGAACCCAAGAUCACGUUAUUUAGUGGUCUGGAUGYAAGUCUUUUGAGGGGGGAUUUAAAAUUUCUUACUUUUUAUUGACUUUGUUGACUUUUUUCAAAUUGAAGAUUGGAGUUUUUCAAACGUGGAAAAGGAGGUGCACAACUUYAGUCCAAAAUGAGGCGAUUGACGUUAAAGCUGCGUACACAAAUUGUGUUUUUUAUCAUCUGUACCUGUAUCAUAAGUCACUGUGGACUGAUUACCGGUGAAAUUUGCCAGAGUAAAGACAUCCGCAACAAUGUGACCAACCUCCAGUCUCUGGAGAACUGCACCAUCAUCGAGGGCCACCUGAAGAUUCUGCUCAUGUUCAAGACCAAGACCGAGGAUUUCCGGGGCCUCAGCUACCCCAAGCUGAGAGUGGUGACCGACUACGUGCUGCUGUUCAGGGUCUACGGCCUGGAGACCCUCAGCGACCUCUUCCCCAACCUGACGGUGAUCCGCGGCAACAACCUCUUCUUCAACUACGCUCUGGUGAUCUAUGAGAUGCUGCAGCUGAAGGAGAUGGGCCUGCACAGCCUCAUGAACAUAACCCGGGGCGCCGUGAGGAUAGAGAAGAAUCCAGACCUGUGCUACCUGGCCACCCUGGACUGGUCCAAGAUCCUGGACUCGGUGGAGGACAACUACAUCGUGGCCAAUAAGAACGAGCGGGAGUGUGGAGAUGUGUGUCCUGGCACGGCGCAGGGUCAGACCGUCUGCAUUCAGACCGCCAUCAACGGCCACUUUCGAGGACGAUGCUGGUCACAGAACAACUGUCAGAAAAUAUGCCACGAUAAAUGCAAACAUGGUGCCUGCAGCCCCGAGGGCCACUGCUGCCACGAGCAGUGCCUGGGUGGCUGUUCGGAGACGGGGAACGCCAGCAGCUGCGUGGCCUGCAGGAACCUGCUGCACGGGAGCACCUGCGUGGAGAAAUGCCCCAACGGAUACUACGUCUUCAACGGCUGGCGCUGCGUCAGCUUCUCCUUCUGCCAGAACCUUCGCAAUCAGUGUGCAAACAUUAAGAAGCAAAAGGACCAGGAGGUCAGCUGUCAUGAAUACGUCAUCCACAACGGUGCCUGCAUUCCCGAGUGUCCUUCUGGAUUCAGCAGCUUAAACUCCACAAGGUUGAUGUGUGAACCAUGUGAGGGUCCCUGUCCCAAAGAGUGUAAAGGAGACAAGACGAUCGACUCGGUGACCUCAGCCCAGGCUUUAAGAGGCUGCACUAUUAUUGAGGGCAACAUGAUCAUCAAGAUUCGAGGAGGAACUAACAUAGCUUCUGAGUUGGAGGCUAGUUUGGGACAGAUUGAGAUAAUCAAAGGUUACCUGAGCGUUCGCAGAGCCUACGCCUUGGUCUCCCUCUCUUUCUUACGAAAACUGCGCCUCAUCAAAGGAGAGCAACUCGAAGGAGAUACCUACGGCUUUUACGCACUGGAUAACCAGAACCUCCACCAGCUGUGGGACUGGUCCAAACACAAUCUGACGAUAGAACGUGGCCGCAUGUUCUUCCACUUCAACUCCAAGCUUUGCAUGGCGGAAAUCACMAAAAUGGAAGAGGUCACUGGAACCAAAGAGCGCAACCAGAAGAAUGACAUCGCUCUGCGCACCAAUGGAGACCAAGCUUCCUGUGAAUCAAAGACUCUGAAAAUCACCUCCGUCAAGACCUCACACAACAUGAUCAUCCUGAGGUGGACCCCGUUCUGGCCGGCAGACUUCAGAGACCUGCUGGGGUUUAUGGUCCUGUACAAAGAGGCUCCGUACAGGAACGUGACAGAGUUUGAUGGACAGGACGCCUGUGGCUCAAACAGCUGGGUGAUCGCCGAUGUUGACCCGCCGCCUCGCCCGACUGAUAACAAGAAGGUAGACGAUCCGGCGUACCUGAUCCGGCCGUUAAAACCCUGGACCCAGUAUGCCAUCAUGGUCAAAACCCAGCUGUCUGCACCCGAUGAGCGUCAAGUUUCUGGAGCCAAAAGUGAAAUUAUUUAUGUUCGCACCAAUGCUUUCAGGCCCUCCGUACCUCUGGACCCCAUCUCAUCCUCCAACUCCUCGUCUCAAAUCAUCCUGAAGUGGAAACCUCCAAACAGCCCGAAUGGCAACAUCACCCACUACCGGGUCAUCUGUCGUAAGCAGCCAGAGGACAGCGACCUCUACAAGUUUGACUACUGCCUGCAGGGAAUGAAGCCACCCAAUCGAAUCCCGACCUACCUGGACAUCGAGGAGGAGCAGAAGUGGAACCACACGGAUGACUCCACCUCGGAGGGCAAAUGUUGCACCUGUCCCUUGACGAARGGGCAGAUAGAGAAGGAGCAGCUGGAGAUCGAAUACCGCAAGACCUUUGAAGACUACCUCCAUAACGAAGUGUUUGAGAGCAGUAAAAGCAGACAAUAUCCCCGGCCCGGUGACCCACGAGGUUCUGACCGGUGAGACUCCCUCUGUGUUGAUUAAGUGGAACGCUCCGCCUUCGCCCAACGGCCUGAUCAUCCUUUAUGAGGUCUUCUACAAGAAGGUCGGAGACACCGAGUGUACGUUCCUGAUGAUUGGGAGGUGCCUCGGGAGAAGAUCACGCUGCUCAAAGAGCUGGGUCAGGGCUCCUUCGGCAUGGUGUACGAAGGCAUCGCUCAAGACAUCGUCAAAGGAGAGCCGGACAGUCGCGUCGCCGUCAAGACGGUCAACGAGUCGGCCAGCCUGCGAGAGAGAAUCGAGUUCCUCAACGAAGCCUCGGUCAUGAAGGCCUUCAGUUGUCACCACGUGGUGCGUCUGUUGGGAGUCGUCUCUAAAGGUCAGCCCACCCUGGUUGUGAUGGAGCUGAUGAUUCACGGUGACCUAAAGAGCUACCUGCGGAGUCUGAGGCCAGACUCUGAGAACAACCCGUCAGGCUCCCCACCUCCGACUCUAAAGGACAUGCUGCAGAUGGCAGCAGAAAUCGCAGACGGCAUGGCCUACCUCAACGCCAAGAAGUUCGUCCACAGAGACCUGGCAGCCAGAAACUGCAUGGUGGCCGAGGACUACACCGUCAAGAUCGGAGACUUCGGCAUGACUCGGGACAUCUACGAGACGGACUACUACCGUAAAGGAGGGAAGGGUCUGCUCCCCGUCAGGUGGAUGGCUCCAGAGUCUCUGAAGGACGGAGUCUUUACAGCCCACUCUGACUGCUG